GCGUCCUGUCCUGUCCUGCCGAGGCCCCGCACAGGGGAGCGACGCCUUGGGCCCGGCCCCGCCAUGGAGACCUGGGUCCGCUUCAGCGCCCAGAGCCAGGCCAAGGAGCGGCUCUUCAGGGCCGCGCAAUACGCCUGUGCCUUGGCGGGGGAUACGCUGCGGAGGAACGGGGCGAGCGCCGGGCUCUUGGCCAGCGUUCGGCAGCUGGAGGCUCACCUUAGCCUGGGCCGCAAGUUGAUGCGCCUGGGUAGCUCGGCCGAAGCAUUGGAGGCGGCAAAACGAGCCAUUCACUUGUCGGACAUGGUGCUGCGGUUCUGCGUCACUCUCAGCCACCUGAACAGGGCCAUGUACUUUGCCUGCGACAACGUUCUCUGGGCAGGGAAGACGGGGCUCGUCCCCACUGUGGACCAGGAGAAGUGGGGCCAGAGGUCCUUCAGGUAUUACCUCUUUGCCCUCAUCGUGAACCUGAGCCGGGAUGCCUACGAGAUCCGGAUCCUGAUGGAGCGCGAGGCAAAUGGGAAGCGAGCAAAAGGCAACGAGAACGGGUGCCAGCUCCGGGCUGACAGUGGGCUCCAGCAGCUGGGGCUGAGGCUGCAGAUCCAGCUCCGGCUUCUGAUCCACGUCCUUCGGAACAACCCUCCUCUGCUACUGGACGUGGUGAAAAAUGCCUGCGACGUUUUUAUUCCCCUGGACAAGCUGGGGCUGUACAAAACCAGCCCGGGGUUUGUGGGGCUGUGCGGCCUCACCUCCUCCAUCCUUUCCAUUCUCACCAUCCUUCAUCCCUGGCUCAAACUGAAGCCUUAGUUGUUCUCAGAGCCUGCCUCCAGGCUCAAAGCCAGCGCAGGCAGAUAUGUGGGGACCCUGGGGGGUUACUCCUAGGUCUGGGACACGACUAAAGCUGACUGGCUCAAUCCCGUUGCAUGCGGCUGCGCGUUCACGUCACGCUUGGCUGCCGUAAUAAACGGGUUGUGGAGACGGGAGAAAGGUAGAGGGAGUUUGUGGCGUUGGAGCCCGCAGGGACCUGCUCCCGCUGCCUUGGCUCCCUGCAUUGCUGGUGGGGAGGGUGAUACUCAAUGGACCUAAAUUUGGUUCUUCUCCCCAUCGACUGUAGGGCCUGUCUGGCUGUUUUAGGGCUUUAAUCUUUCCCCUCCCUAUUUGGGAGGGUCUCUUAACACGGAGCUAGCCAAGAGGGAAAUAUUUGGGGCUGGAGAAAGCUGCCUGGGUCCUGGGUGCUUCUCCCAGACUGGGGGGGAUGGGGUUUAAACCGCAGGGUGGGGGUGAGUCUAGCACUGGCUGGGCACAUCCAGCGCCUGUUUUGACACUUUAUUGUCCUUUUAAGAAACUUUUUAAGUGCAGACAGAGAGGGUGAGUUGAAAGGACUUUGACUGCGGAUGAGCCGUACUCAGCUGGGCAUUCAGAGGUGAGCUUGGGGUAAGUCUGUGGGGUCUUGGCCAGUUCCGCUCUGCCGGCUGGUCAUGGGUUUGAGGUGAGAUGGGGCAGGGUAUUUCCCUGUAGGAGAAUAUUUGCUUGCCUGCACCUUCCCUGCAAUCCCAGUGGGGAAGAAGUGACUGCAGCGAGUCGCACCGAGCCUUGGGGUCGCUCCCAGCCCUUCCCGCUUGGAUCUCUCUGUGUCUGAGAACAGAAAGGGGAUUCAGGCAGCCCGAGCUCUUCCCUGCAGCUGUGAAGAAGUUGAAAUCUGUGUAUCUGCCUCCCUCCCUCUGCCUGGCGCUGCGCAGGUUCAUCCUGCUGAGCAUUCGCUGCAGUUUGCUUCUCAGAUGACCUUUUUGGUGGCUUUUCUGGGGAUAAAUCGGGGAGGAGACAGCUUGAUGCUGUGAUUCUCUGCGUCAGUUGUUCCCACCUGCUUUUCUCUCUGAGCUGGCACUGCCACCUCACUAAAAUUGCCCACUUUCCUUGGUUUCUGUGACACUGGAUAAUGCUGUUUAUGCCAGGCAGUGGGUUUGACCUGGCUCUAAAGAGUGUUUUACUUAACCAUGGACUGAAGGACACACUUGGAGCUGACUAUUUGUAUCCAGAGGUGGGCUGUUCCUCGGUCCAUCCCUGGGAGGGCAAUACGGAGGGAGGGAGUGACCCCAUGUGCUUUUAAAACCCGCUGGGGUGGUUUUUUUGAGCUUUAGCAGCUCUGCGCACAAACAGCUCGAGCUUCACCUGCUUCCAAGUACAUCUGCGCGGUGGCAAAGGCUUGUCCCUGGGCUGGAAAACCAUGGUUCCCUCACUUGAGAGCGCUACCUCGGGUUUGUUAGUUCAGACCCAGCUCCAGGACCUCCCUGGCAUUUUCCAUUCGGCAUCUCCUGGCUUUCUGUGGGUUCUGGGGUGAUACAGGCAGGGGAAAGGCUGAGUCGCUGGGAGAGGGUGGGCGUGUGCAGCCUGAAACUGAGCCGAACUGCCCAGAGCUUUAGCAAGAGGGAGUUUAAGUCAGCUGGAUAACGAAGGAGGUGGCAGUGGGGUGUAAGAACAUGGGGUCUUUCUGCCUGCAAACUGAUUCAGUCAGGGAAGGUGCAGGGUGAGGUACUCGGACCCAAGUAUUUGGAUGGCAAAAGCUGCCCCCCCAGUUCCCCUCAGCUCAUGGUAGAGCUGGAGCAAAAUCUCAGCUUGGACUCAGCUACUUGGAACUCUUGGUGGAGAAGGUAAAUCAGUUAUGAGAGUGAAAGGCAGCUGACCCUAGCAUGUCAGCAGCCUCUGUGUGCUGUUACCGCAGCAGUUUUAACGUGUUAGAGCAAUAUUUUACUUUGGCGGAGGUUGGGAAGGUACGGUGAAGGGCUGUGCGGCAUCUUCUGCUCCUCAUUCGCGUGUAAAUACUGUGUUAUAAAUAGGCGUUUGCACUAAUCACGGUCCUGUGGCGGUUUGCAGAGUUAAUUAUUAAAGCCUGGUUGCUGAGA